AUGCAGCCCCCCCCGUCCUUCGGCGGUUGCGGUGGCCCUGGUCUCAAAGGAGGCAAGUUCGACAAGAGCUUCGGCGGCAAGGGCAAAGGCAAGGGCAAAGGCAAGGGCUGGGGCCCGGGCGUCGGCUUCGUGCCCGGCGGCUGUCUCGGCUUCGCGCCCGCGGGCGGCGGCGGCGGCUGCAGCGGCGGCACCUCCAACUCCUUCAGCAAGGCGUCCGGAGGCGCGCCCCGGAUAGACGGCGCGCCGGCUCCGCUGCUGGUGCCGCCGCCCGGGGGCGCGCCGCACCCAGGCGCGCCCCCCACGAGCGGCCCCUUCAACCAGAUGGGCAUCGCGGGCGUGGCCCCCGCGAAGCGGCGGGCGCCGCAGUCUUCUGGUGACGACCCUGCCAAGCGGGUCCGCGGAGACGCGGGGCUCGCUGGCUUCUUCGGCACGGCGCCCUUGCCAGGAGCAGAGGUGGAACGCCGACGACGAGGGCGCUGCCGUGGGCGCCCCUGCGGAGGACCGAGGGCCUCGCCGGCCGAGCCCGCGGGGGCCUGCACGCCUCGAGGCCUGCUGAGCUCCCUGCCGGCCCCGUUCGACGUCGAGUACGACGAGUUCGGCGAGCCAGUCUCCGGCGGCGUUGGCGACGGCGCGGCCGAGGCCGAGGCCGGGGCGGCGGGGGCCGCGGGCGAGACGGGCCCGGAGGACGUCGGCGUGGAGGCCGCGGGCGACGAGGCCGCCGGCGACGAAGCCGCCGCGGACGAGGGCGCCGGGGCUGCCGAGGGCGACGAGCACGAGGGCGAGGAGUCCUGUGAGGCGCCGCCGCCGAAGACCCCCCGGAUCGCGUCGCUGCUCGCGGGCCUCCCAGCCCCCGUGGACGCCGGCAGCUACGCGGGCGGGCACGGCGGGUACGGCGGCGCCGCCCGCUACGUCACCCUGCCGCCAGCCAGCGGGGCUGCCAGCCGAGGCAUCUCCCCGACGCCGACGUCGCACGGGGCCCUCGCGCCGGCCAGGGCAGAAAGCCCCAUGCCGUCGCCAGAGGUCGGCGGCGCCGUCGACGGCAAGCAGUUUUUCCGCCAGGCGAGAAGAGUCCUGUCCAACGAGGCCUUCGACAGCUUCCUGACCAGCAUCAAGCGCCUGAACAGCCAGCUGCAGACGCGCGAGGAGACGCUCGCGGAGGCGUCACGCCUGUUCGGCGCGCAGCACCAAGACCUCGCUCAGGAGUUCGAGCGGCUGCUCCAGAAGCAGCGCCCCGCCGCAUCCCCCGCCGCAGCGCUUCGGGCGGGGUGGGCGCGGAGGGCGGAGCACAAGCUUUACCUGCUCCGCCCGUGGAGGAGCGCGGGGAACAGGAGCAUCAAUGACCAACGUUUUUCAGAAUUUCUCCCUCUCUCUCUCUCUCUGCCUUUCCCUCCUCUCUCUCUCUCUGCCUUUCCCUCCUCUCUCUAUCUCUCUGCCUUUCCCUCCUCUCUCCUCCGAAUUUCUCCCUCCUCUCCCUCCUCUCUCUCUUUCUCUCCUCUAUUCCACCGUGCAGGCGCAGGGGGAAUGGAGUAUUGAGGCUGUCGGAAGUCUCCCUCGUCGCUCUCCCCCUCCUCCUCCCCGGGACCCGCGGAGGGUCUCCGAGAGCUUCCGGAGACUCCUCGUCCCUCCUCCUCCGAUCAUCUGGUGGCCUUUGGCACAUCCUGCCCUGGCCCGAAGCCGCCGUCACUCUCUCACUCACCAGCCUCAAACUUAUCC